ACACAUGCAAGACUCAGAGAGCUAUAAAAACUGGAAAGGAACUGCUGAGCUAUGGAAAUUGGAAAGUGAAAACAGAGCAGGAAGAGAAGCCGAGGAGCCGCCCAUACCCCCGGUACCUUCCUCAAUCCUCCUUCCCCUCUCUCCCUUUCAAUCUCUCACAUUGUUUGAGUAAUUGAUCCGUGAUUCGUCAGCCAUGGUUGUUCCUCUUGUCAUCUGAGCAGAGCAGCCUACAGCGCUAAUGGGGUGUUGCGGGUCGUCAUUUCUAACGGAGACCCACUCAGAAAAGGGGAAGCUCCACCAUACCCAGAGCCCGCCGUCGACCCACCCGUCACUCCCCGGCGGCCCCGGCCCGGAAUCCGCCGCUGCCGGAACCCCCUCCUUCGCGGAGUUCUCCUUCUCCGACCUCAAAGCCGCCACCAACAACUUCAGCACCGACUUCAUCGUCUCCGAGAGCGGCGCAGUAGCCCCCAAUUUGGUCUACAAGGGCCGCCUCCAGAACCGCCGCUGGGUCGCCGUCAAGAAGUUCUACAAGAUGGCUUGGCCCGACCCUAAACAGUUCGCUGACGAGGCUUGGGGGGUCGGGAAGUUAAGGCAUCGCAGACUGGCCAAUUUGAUUGGGUACUGCUGUGAUGGAGAUGAGAGGCUGCUUGUCGCCGAGUUCAUGCCAAAUGACACUUUUGCGAAGCAUUUAUUCCACUGGGAAAAUCAAACCAUUGAUUGGGUCAUGCGUUUGAGGGUGGCUCUUUACAUUGCUGAGGCCCUAGAUUACUGUAGUACAGAAGGCCGCCCAUUAUAUCAUGAUUUGAAUGCUUAUAGGGUCCUAUUUGAUGAGGAUGGUGAUCCACGACUUUCAUGUUUUGGUUUGAUGAAAAAUAGUAGGGAUGGUAAAAGCUAUAGUACAAAUCUUGCCUACUCACCUCCAGAGUAUUUAAAAAAUGGAAUUGUGACCCCUGAAAGUGUUAUUUACAGUUUUGGUUCUGUCCUUUUGGAUCUGCUGAGUGGAAAACACAUCCCUCCCAAUCAUGCUCUUGAUAUGAUACGACACGAUAGCAUCAUGUUUCUAAUGGAUUCGCAUUUGGAGGGAAAAUUUUCUACAGAAGAAGCUACAGUGGUGGUCGAUCUUGCCUCUAAAUGUUUGCAAUACGAGCCUAGAGACCGACCUAAUUCAAAAGACCUUGUUGCUAUACUUGCUCCUUUGCAAACCAAACCCAAUGUUCCAUCGUAUGUCAUGCUUGGAAUUUCAAAGCAUGAGGAAAUGCCAUCCACUCCACAGCGGCCUCUUUCACCAAUGGGGGAGGCCUGUUCACGGAUGGACCUCACUGCAAUCCAUCAAAUCUUAGUAAUGGCACACUACAGGGAUGAUGAAGGAACGGAUGAGUUGUCUUUCCAAGAGUGGACGCAGCAGAUGAGGGAGAUGCUCGAGGCAAGAAAGCGUGGGGACUAUGCAUUCCGUGACAAGGACUUUAAAACUGCCAUCGAAUGUUAUUCUCAGUUUAUAGAUGUAGGGACCAUGAGUUCCCCAACAGUUUACGCAAGGCGAAGUCUAUGUUAUCUCCUAUGCGAUCAACCUGAUGCUGCACUUCGCGAUGCCAUGCAAGCACAAUGUGUCCAUCCAGACUGGCCAACGGCCUUCUACAUGCAGUCCGUUGCCCUUGCUAAGUUGAACAUGCACAAGGAUGCUGCUGACAUGUUGAAUGAAGCUGCUGGGCUCGAGGAAAAGAGGCAAAGAAGUGGGAGAGGAUCAUCAUGAUCAAUACUGUAAACAUAAAUCCAUUCUUCACCACCCAUUGUUGUAGACCGCCUGCCCAAGUGUGUGUAACAGAGUUUGUUCUCAAUCAAAAAUGUAUAAUAGUGAAACAUUUAUUUCUUGCAUAUUAUUAUUAUUAUUUGGUGAGAACUGUGGUCUCCAUUUCUAUAAAUAAGCAUUUAUGU